AAAAAAAAAAACCAAUGAAUUUCAGCAACAUAACUAAUACCAAAGAUCGAACUCUUGAAAUCCCUAUCAUGUGGAAUUUUAGCACGUGUGUGUUUUGAUAUGCCUGCCUUUCCAUUAUGACUAUAUUAUAUGUUAGAAUGUCGUCGUCAUCAUCAUCACUGUGUUUUUCAUUAUUUGAUAUAUGUAAUUUGGGUCAACCAUUGUGCUUCUGCGAGCUUGAUGCAACAUUGAGAUACUCAAAUACGAAGAGAAAUCCAAACCGACUAUUUUUUGGCUGUCCAAAGUACAAUACAAAGGGAUUACCUUACUGCAAGUAUUUCAAGUGGGCAGAUGGUGAUCAAUGCAGGGAGUUGGAUCUACAAGCAAGACUAAAUGAAGUGGAAAGGAAGGAGAAAGAGGUCGAGAAGAGACUUAGUGAUAUCGAGCAGAUGGAGAUUGAGCUCCAUAAGAGAGCGGCAGAGAUUGACAAGAAAGAGAUGGUGCAAUCCACUAGAGAUGAGGCAUUUUUGAAGAAUGAGUUGGUGCUUCUUGAGCAAGACGCUGGAAUAAGACGCUCAAGCACGCUGCUCCGAGUGUAUUAGGCUUUUGUAAUUGGUGUUUUUUUUGUUUCACUUAGUGACUUAGUAGUGGUGUAGUUGGUGUAAGUAGUUUAAGUAUUAGAAGUUUAUUUAGAUUGCAAUGUAAAUGCAAUGUAAAUAUUGGAUUCUUGGAUUUGAUGUUUAAAUUAUGGGGAAACUGUCCCUUUCUUGUAUUUCUUUUUUUUUUUUGAAUUCUAGGGAAACUGCCCCUUGUAUUUUUUUAUUUUUUAUUUUUUGAAUUUUGGGGAAGCUCCAGUUGUAAUGAUGAUCUUGUUUCAUGCAAGAUCUUGUUCUUGUAAUCAAUAUGGGGUUAAUGCAAGAGAUUGCAGCAGGUGCUGCUACUUUUUUCA